GCGAGAAGAAGUGGUCAGGAUCACGAAAGGGACAAGAAACUGCCCUGAAUGCUCACCGCACUCGUCUGGAGAUGCUCCAGGGAAUCCUAUGGCCUACGCAAGUCUACCGACGGCUCAAGGCCCGGCCGCCAAAGAACUUGCGGCUCAUCACGGUACCGUGGCAGGGCAGACAGAUCAAAGGAUAUGUGCUUGAUGAAACCCGCGGACGUCCGGUGGGGUCAGUGACGAUCAUUGUUGAAGAUACCCGCUACAUCGGCAAGAACCACG